AUGAAUUGGGAAGAGAGAAGUGAAGAAGAUCGCCUUCUUAUUGAGCGUGUUUUGAUUUUAGUACGCAAUGUACUGCAUAUUUCUCCUGAUGUCGUCUCCGAACAGCGCACUGAUGAGGAUGUUUCUGUACACGAUCAAAUUUUAUGGGCAAUGCAUCUGUCUGGUUGGGAUGAGUUACUGUUGUUUCUGGGAAAUGCAGAAGAUGAACAAAUGUUUGUUUUCCACACCCUUGAAAUAAUAUCACUUAUGUUGAGAGAACAGACUCCUGAUCUACUUGCCUGCGCUGGAAAGGCUGCAGAAACUCAGAUAGAGUUGAAUACACGCAGGGAGCUUAUUGAAAGGUGGAAAGCUCGAAGUGAUACUGAACGAAAAAGCUUUCUCUACGGUUGCAACUUGAGGCAAACUCGAUUUGGUGGCGCUUUUGAGUUGGGAAACACAUCGUCUUUAAGUGAACGGCCACUUAUUUACCACCAUGAUAUUACAUAUGCGACUAGAAUAGCUGCAUCAGUUGGUACGCGUCUACAUAAUACCAGAGAUGUGGAGGAUAAUGUUGGAAUUGUUGAGUUGGAUUUAGGUAAACGGAAGUUUCGGAAACCUAAAAAUCGUAAACCUUUGGUUGAUCGGUCAGUGCACCGGCGUUCAAUUUUGGCUGUCCAAUUAUAUCUGCAGAGUUUCUGUUGGCAAUUCCUAAAGUUCUGUUAUAAUCCAAUCAUGCGGGCCGUACAGUCAGGUUUAACUCGUCAAACUACUCAAGAGAAUGAUGAAACGUAUUUUCUCUGGACUAUGCGAUUCUUCAUGGCUUUUUGUAGAGUUUAUCGGUUUCGAUCGGACUACAUCAGUGAAACCCUUAGUGUUUCAAUUUUCCACUGGAUAUAUGAUCAAGUGAUGAAUUACCGAGAACAUUUAUUCACAAAUAAGCGUGGUGGAUCCUCGAAUCAGCGUGCAAUGCAAGCAGCUCGACGUUUAGAACUCUCCAUAGCUGCUUACAGAGAAUUUUUAACUUGCCUAAAUCGUAUGCUAAACGUGACUGCAGAGGAUAAAACUGUUCAACCCGAAGAUGAAGAAACACCGGAAUGCGUUGAAGAACGUUUACGUUUACAAGCCAGUGUUGCUGAGUCAAUUAUCGAAAAUGUAUUCUAUGUUUCUGAAUAUCAAGAGGUAUUUCCAAUUCUUCUAAGAGACUACAAUGAAAUAUUUAUGUCAAAGGAAUAUUUGUGCGAUUUGGUUGAAGGAUGUCACUUAUUUAUAAGUCUACUCUCAAAAAAAAUUGGUAGUGGCAGCAAAAAAUUUCUCGUAAAACGUCGAAGAGUUCGUCGUAGAAAGAAACGACAAUUGAAAGGGAAAAUUAAAAAGGAAAGUAAUUGGUCUGGUCAGUUAGAGGGUCCUCUUAUACAACUGUUACUUGGAUCUACUCAACAAGAGAAUGAAAAUGAUGAAAGUGGUGAUGAUAUGAAUGAUACACGAUUGUUCGAUGCUACUACAGGUAACAGUGAAGAUCAGCAACUGAAAUCAGCUAUUCGUCGAGUUCAGGCUGCUUUGUUUGCCGGUGCAGCUAAAACUGCUUUGGCGAUGGCUAGACGAAUGUGGCGUCUUUGGCCAGAAAUUGCUCCAAUUACUAUUGAAGAAGAUAAUCCAGCUAUCGAUGCUGGACGUGCUGCUGGACUACCACCUGAGUGCUUGAAUAUACUAGGAGGCUUGCGACAAAUUCAUAUGUCAGAAUUAGAAGCGGAAGAGGAGGCAGCUGGUGAAUCUUCUUUAGAGGAUGACGAUGAUCUUUACAACGAAGAACUCGGUAUUAGUGAUUCAAAUGAUGAAGAAUUAGUUGCCAGCGAAAAAGAAGUAGUUCUUGACUUCAGUACUUUUCUUCUCAAAUUUCUACAUCCGCGUAUUGUACACGCUUAUACUCUACUAUUAGAUGAUUACGAUACUAAUCCUCGAACAACCAAUUACGCUCUAGUUCAUACUAUUCAUCGAUUGGCUGUACGUGAACACUUUCCUGGAUGUUUUUUCCAACUACGGUUGUUUCGAGUAUUUCAGAAGUUUGUACAUGACCGCGGUUUAUCAACUUCUCCAGAAUUUAAAGAAUUGGCUAACCUUAUUAAAUACAUUUUGAGAAAAUUUUUGAAUUAUGAAACUGUUCAAGGAUAUGGUACUUUUGAGGAUAACAAGAAAACUAGUCAUUGGACUGGUGAACAAGACAAAGAAUUAACCCAACUCUUUGAAGCCUAUCGUCAUGACCCUGUACCUCCUGGUAACGAUCUAGCUGACUUGAUUGUCAAGUAUUUCUCAGACCCCAGUAAAACUCGCAGACAAAUUAUUGCCAGAUUGAUAACAUUAGGCUUGAUAGUAUCUGCUAAACAACUGAAAGAAAUCACAGUUCGACCUGCAAAUCCUUUCAAAAAACGUUCUCAACGUCGAGCCAACGACGUACAUCAAUCUGAGUGGACUGAAGAAGAAAUAGCUCGAUUAAAAGCUAUAGUCGAGUUGCACAAAGAUUCAAAAGAUAUACUUACGGAGAUCAUGAAUGAAAUAAAGGUAGACCACGAUGUAGCUCUUCAGCGUUUGGAACAAGAGGUCUAA